UUUGUUACCAUAGCUACAGUGCACAGCGCUGCUAGGCCGGUGCAGUUGUUUCUCUACUAGCCUAAGGGAGAAGAGCCGACACCAUGGAGCAAGUAGUGACCGUCGAGACCCAGGACCUGCCACAGUGGCCUCAAGCUCCGAGCGCGGAGAGGCCGGCCCCCUCGGGCAACGUGUCUUCCAGUCGACCUUAUGAUUUUCUGUACGAUCCAUUGUUUACUGUGUCAAGUGAGAAAGACCACAAAAAGGCAAAUGUCCAAGUCACCCUGAUUCAAAGCAAACUGAAGAAAGUUCCCAGGUUCCGAACCAUGUUCAGUAACUUGAUCCAUUAUCCAAGAUAUUCUCUGUAUUUGAGCAAGUCAGACCCUGUGCCACAAUUUAUCAGUCGGGAAUGGAAGAGACCUGAGGAGAAACACAGAGAAGCUCUUCAGCAACUUGCUGCAAUUGACACCUGUUUUCAGAUGCCUGCAGUGUAUGAAGAUCCUCAGGUUACUGGCAAGAAUCGCUAUAAAUAUUUUGAAAGGCCUCUCCUUCCAUUUUAUGAACAGAUGCCAUUCAGUAUUGUUUUUUCAGAAACCAAGGUUGCACCAUAUGCUUUUCUUCCUGCUCCUGCUCCGUACCCACCCAUCCUUAUGAAGUCCUCAGUGGGCACUCAGACUGAUUAUCGGGAUGCUGAAGUUCAAACAGAUCCGUAUUCUCCAGAAUAUGUAAUAUGUCAGGACUCGAUCCCUGAGCUCUUGACUCUGGCUACUCUUACUUGGGGUCGUGGUCUCCCUGCAGGACAAGCUGAAAUAGAGAUGAUAGAACGAGCCCGGGAGAAGCGUGCUUGGGAAGCCACUCUUCCAUCUCUGAGUGACACCUCCCAGUUUGAGAAAAGGAGGAAGAUGAUGGAUGCAAUGGAGAGGAAGGAAUGGGCCUUCAGAGAGCAGGAAAUUGAAAAACUACAGGAGAUUCGCCUGGAAGUUUUAAAAGAGCUGCUGAAGAAGCGUGAUGAGAAUCAAAAUGAAGUGAACAUGAAACGCUUGAAUGCCCAAUGGUCUAAACUGCAGGAAGCAAAGGAGGCGAAAGUGGCUAAAAUUCAACACAAACAUGUAUCAGCAAUCAGAAAACUUGUGGCAAAGGGAAAGAAUAUAGAAGGGAAGUUGGAGAGACGAAAUAUCAUCAAGGAUUAUACUGAUUAUGCAUCGCAGGUCUAUGGACCUCUGUCUCGCCUCGGCCAUUUCCCAGACAACAACUCAGAGGAAUUUGUAGUGAAAAACCACUAUCUCAACACCUAUGAAGGAUUAGUUGAACUUGAGUCAUGUCUCCCAGAUUUUGUAACACAACCCCGAAUCAAACCUCCAAAACCCAAAGUCACAACUACCAAAACUGGUUUCCUAAAGAGGGCGGCAAGGAUGGACCAUGAGUUGGCAGAAGUUCAUAAGGCACUGUUGGAUAAGAAGAAUAAGGUUCCUGAACCAAGUAAACCUCUGCGCUUUCUUCAAAGAAAACCAAUACCUCAACCUCGGCUUCCAACCCCAACUUUGGAAAUGAGUUCCAAUGAAGAAGAAGAUAUAGAAAUGGCUGUGAUCUACCUUCAAAAGUUACUCCGGGGAAGAGUUGUUCAGAACAUGAUGUUUGAAGGGAAAGAAAAGCGACUGGAACUGAUCCAGGAACUGCGCACCAGCCAUGCACUACAAGAAGAUGACAGGCUGGUGAAGAAAGCUGAGAAGCAAGUGACCUUGGCUUUACAGCGGCAGAGGAACUUGCAUGAACACAAGGUGUCCCUUGUUGAAAACCACCUGGCGGGCCUGGAAGGCAGGGUGCUGGCGGACAUGCUGGACUUCCUGUCCAAGGAGCUGGUGAGGCUGCAGGAGGAGCGGCGGGUCCACGCCUUCGCCAUGCUGGCCGAGCGCCAGCGGAGGAUGCGCGAAGCCGAGGAGAGCGGCCGGCGCCAGGUGGAGCAGAGGCGCCUGCGGGAAGAGGACGAGAUAUUUAAGCAGGUGGUAAAAGUGCACCAAAGUACUAUAACAUCCUAUUUGGAAGACAUAAUACUGAAUACUGAAGAGAAUACGGCAGAAGAACAAGCCAGGGCAGAAAUUGAGAAGAUAGCUCAGGAAAUCAAUGACAUUGCUUAUGAAAUGGAAAACCGUCGGACUCAUCUUCAGUCAGAGGAAAUUGUUGCUGAGUUGGUUUAUAGUUUCCUGAUCCCAGAAGUACAGAAGGCCUUUGUCAAAGAAAAAGUGAGGAACGCACAGCGGAAGCAUAUUCUUGCAGCCCAUGAGAUCAUCCACAGGCACACGGAAGCCAUGAUCAGAGCGGCUGUUGAACAGCAGCAAAAUGAGGAAGGAACUCAAGAAGCUGAGAAAGGAACUCAAAGUGAGGAAAGCAGCUAAGAUUGUGAUCUUUUUUAAGAAAGCUGUAUAAAUCAUCAGAAAGAAUUCCAGUAGUCUCUGCUUUUCCCAGGAUGUGCAGCUCUCAUGAGCUUGUCAAUGUGUACUUCAUGAGCAAAAAGAUUUUUUUUCUGUAAAAUCCCAGUGAUUUGAAAUGAUUUUUAGUAAUAAUAAUCAAAAGGAGUUUUAUUCCUUGUGGUGUUUCCUAGAUGCUCUACUACAAGUUUUCUCAUGUCUCAUUUUAACAUUUUAUUAAAUGUGAGGUUAUGUUAGCUUGUUGAAUCAAACAAAAAGAAAUAUUACUGAUUAUUUCUUAAGUAGUUUUGGUUUUCUAGCCAUAGUAUAUUUUAUUCUCUACUCAGGCUGAAAAUAUGCAUAACCCAUGACCCAGCAUUUCAUCUCCUAGAUACAUACCCAAUAGAAAUGCAUAAGUAUGUGCAUGAACAGGCAGGGGAAGAAUGUUACGAGCAGUACUAUUCAUGAGAGCUCCCUGCAAUGAAAAAUUAAUUGUGGUAUAUCUAUUCAGGGGCCUGUCAGUGCACCAUUGAGCCUUAGAUCUAGGAAGUAUUUUCAUGCAACAUAAAAAGAGUACUGUUGGAGAGCAAUCUGCCCAUCCUGUGUGUUGACAACAUUAGAGUGAAAUGAAUCCCUCCUUAAUUAAAGCUCAAGAAGUAGGAAAAACAAUUAAUAAAAGCAUCAAUGGGGACCCAUAGUAAAGAGUUUAUAAAAGAAAAUGUAUUUUACCCUGAAGACAGAUAAAGAACCUAUCUUAGAAAACAUCUUACUAUAGAAAACAAGAAAAGCUUCAGAAACUAUCUGCUUGGUCCUAACAGGAGGCAAAAGGAGAUAGUCUCUUAGGAAAAUGAAGCAGAGAAUAGUAAGCACAGAGAAGACCAGGUGUAGGCUGAAAAGGAAAGACUGGCUAAGAAGAAAAAAAUACAGAGAGAUUAAAAAUCUAAUGACAUCAAUUUAUACACAGUUAAGAAGAUAGCUAUCACAACAGAAAAUUACAAUUUUCCUGACAAAUUUGUUAAGUCAUAGGGCAUGGGAUGGAGAGGAAAGGACAAACAUGAAAAUGAUGAGCUCUUCCAAUUUGUUGGCAUAAAGAUGUUCAUAGUAGUCUUUUAUGAUCCUCUAUAUUGGAGAUGUCUGUUAAAACUUCUCUUUCAACUUUCUGAGUCAACUUAUUAGAGUUUUUUCCCUAGAGUUUUCUCUAGUCUAACUAGAGGUUUUUCUAUUUUGUUUUUUUUUUUUUUUUUUCAAAGAACCAGAUUUUGGUUUCAUUUUUUAAACUCCGGUGGCGCAAUGGGUUGAGUGCAGCACUGUGAAGCUGCCUGCAGCCUUCGCAGAGCCGAUUUGAUUGCAGGCCGGCCAGGGAGAUUCCCACACGGUGCAGCAGACCUCUCCUCUAGAUUUGGUGCCGGCUGCGCCCUUCAGCAGUGUAUUUUGGUCAUCUGCCUGCUCUGCUCCCUGCUCUCUCUCGCUCUGUCUCUGGUGAUUCCUCUCACCCUCCCGCACCUCUGGCUUGUACCCCAGGUCUUGUAUAAAAAUAAAUGAACCUUUAAAAAUAAAAAAAGAAUUCAUAUAGAAGUAAAUAAAAUAGAAACAAUAAAGUUAUAAUAAAAAAAUAUUCUGAGUUAAAAAAAAUUACUGAUUUGUGAAUUUACAAUGUCCUAGGAAAACUAGAUCGAAACUUUUUUCCCUUGAGGAUCACUAGCAAAAGUACUGCACAAAUAAGGGGCCAUUGAAUUUUUUUUCUUUAAAAAUGUUCCCCAGAA